AUGAACCAGAGGAGUGAAAGAGAUGAAGCCGACGUUGAUAGGCUGCACAUGAGCUUCUACACCUACUGUAUCCGGUCUCCGAGGCUCAUUAUCCAGUCCUCACACGUGUUAGCACGAGGACACCGCGGCUCCUCAGUGAGGGGAGCCCGAGUUCAGGCAGCCCCCUCAGACCCUCAGCACUCAGGGCUGUCACCAGCUGCAGCCCAGACGCGCCUGGCUUCCCUGCCAGAGAAGCCCCGGGGAGAUUUGGAAAAAUACAUGCCCAACAUGCUUACGGUCACCAGAACACCGCCCACGGCCGCAGUCACGCAGCAGCAAGGGCUCACGAGGGCGGCCGCUGUGGGCAGGCAGAGCGACAGUGUGUUCCUGCCCGUCACCGGCUUCGGAAACUCUACCCUGGCUGUCAAGGUCAUGCCCUGCUCUGGGAGCUACCAAGAUUUCCUCCUCUCAUCCUCGCAACGGUUCGGUUCUCUAAAUGUAGCUGCGAUCCUUACACCGUGUCAGAUGAGGAAAUGGAAAAGAGCCAGUAAAGAGCUAGUUAACCUCCUCUGCACAGCGGACCCCAAGACCAGCAUGAAAAUAACACUUCCUGUUCUCUUCCUGGAGGUGAACAAUGCCAUUUCCUUCCACUUCGUCUCCCAGAUUUCGCUCUGCAGCCCUUUCAAGCCGCUGGCAACACGGUGCAGAGAGGAAUCGCUUCCUGGUUGUGGCGGGCCGCACACCCACCUGCUCGUACAGCGCAGCCCUGAGCUGCCUUCCGUUGGAACCGCCUUUGUGCUCUUCGGGGCCUUCCCUUCGGCACUGUGUCCUUCCGCGCUGUUCUCCUCAGACCAAGGCCACAUGACGAGCUCAUGCACGCUCCUUGUUACCCACUGGGCCUCCGGAGCUCUUUCUCAACUCCGCGAGGAGUCCUGUCAUCCCAACGUUUGCCGGCUUGUCCUCCUUGCCUGCCCCAGUACUCUUUCUGGCCUAGCCCCUCCUGGGCCUGUCGUACUAAGUUUCUCACUUCCUUCUGCCUAAACGAAAAGUCC